UUUUGUUCAUGCUCAGUGAUUCGCAGCAAUCACCAAAAUUUCCGAUUUUCAUUGAAGCGUUGGGAAAUAUUUGUAAUUUUUACGAAAAAUGGCUAUAAGUUUAUUAAAUCCGAAAGCUGAAGUAGCCAGGGCAGCACAAGCCUUGGCUGUGAAUAUUUCGGCUGCGAAAGGAAUCCAAGAUGUGAUGAAAAGCAACUUGGGACCCAAGGGAACAAUGAAAAUGUUAGUUUCUGGUUCCGGCGAUAUUAAGAUAACUAAAGAUGGCAAUGUUCUAUUGCACGAAAUGCAAAUCCAACAUCCUACCGCUUCCCUUAUCGCCAGAGCUUCAACAGCUCAAGACGAUAUUACCGGAGAUGGCACCACAUCUACAGUUCUUGUGAUCGGUGAACUCCUAAAACAGGCAGAUAUUUACAUAUCUGAAGGAUUGCACCCCAGGGUGUUAGCCGACGGUUUCGACAAAGCCAGGGAGAAGACUUUGGAAGUUCUGGAACAGGUCAAAAUUCCAAUAGAAAUCAACAGGGAAAACCUGUUGGAUGUCUGCCGUACCAGUCUCAGAACUAAGGUUCAUCAAAACAUAGCUGAUCUCUUGGCUGGGGAAUGUGUUGACGCCGUACUCCAGAUCAAGAAAGACGACAAACCGGUCGAUUUGCACAUGAUCGAGAUCAUGGAGAUGCAACACAAGAGCGAGACCAACACCAAAUUGGUCAGGGGGUUGGUGUUGGAUCACGGUUCCAGGCAUCCAGACAUGCCGAAAUCGCUCAAUAACUGCUACAUCUUGACCUGCAACGUCAGCAUGGAAUACGAGAAAAGCGAGGUCAACUCUGGCUUCUACUACAAGACUUCGGAAGACAGGGAGAAGAUGGUCUUGGCCGAAAGGGAAUUCAUCGAACAGAGAGUGAAAAAAGUGGUUGAAUUGAAGAAGAAAUUGUGUAACGGCAACGAUAAGUCGUUUGUUCUUAUAAACCAGAAGGGUAUUGACCCUCUCAGUUUGGAUAUUUUGGCUAAAGAAGGAAUCAUCGCUUUGCGCCGAGCCAAGAGACGUAACAUGGAACGUCUGGCCCUGGCUUGCGGUGGGGUGGCCCUCAAUUCCUUCGAAGACCUCCAGGAGUCCCAUCUGGGUUUCGCUGGCCACGUUUACGAACACGUCUUGGGCGAGAACAAAUUCACCUUCGUGGAAGACUGCAAGAACCCCAAUUCAGUCACUUUGUUGGUCAAGGGCCCCAACAAGCACACCCUGGUGCAACUGAAGGACGCCAUCAGGGAUGGACUCAGGGCUGUGAACAACGCUAUAGCUGAUUCGGCUCUGGUUCCCGGAGCUGGGGCUUUUGAGGUUACCGCUAAUAAAGUGUUGAACGAGUACAAGGAUACGGUUAAAGGUAAGGCUAGGUUGGGAAUCGCUGCCUAUGCUGAGGCUCUCCUCGUCAUUCCUAAGGUAUUGGCCACAAAUUCCGGAUACGAUGCACAGGAUACCAUCGUGAAACUGCAAGAAGAGUGUCGUCUGAGCCCACAACCUGUGGGAGUUGAUUUGAGCUCAGGUGAACCCAUUAACCCGAGAGAUGCGGGCAUCUACGAUAAUUACGUAGUGAAGAAACAAAUAAUCAAUUCUUGCUCGAUUAUUGCUUCGAAUCUCAUCUUGGUCGACGAGAUCAUGAGAGCAGGAUUGAGCAGUCUUAAAGGUUAAAUCCUAGACAAUUGUUGGUGGCUAUCGAAUGGGCUUCGAUAGAUUUCAUAUUUAACCUUCUCACAUUACUGAAUUUUUGUUUAUUACCAGUACUCCCUAUUUAAUGAUUUUACUAAUAAAUCGCUUGAUUUCAUAA